UGGACUUCGGUGCUGUCGUGUCGAUUUUGUAGAAAAUUUCUGCAAAACACAGUUUAGUGUAGACUCCCCGAGGUUUCGGUUGUAUCGACAGUAGUUGUAGUGCGUGUGAGCGAGUCGCAAAGCCGUCGGUGUUUUGAUUAUUUGCUGCUGGAUUGAAAGAAAAGAUAUUGUGCUAUUUUAGAAAUCAUCUUGUUUGUUCGUUUUUUUUGGCUGUGCCACAAAUUUCGCUGGCUUCAGCGGUUUGCAAAAAGUGAAUAAAGAGAUUAAAAACAGGCGCUGAAACACAAAUGAUCUCAAAAAACAAAUGAUCUCAAAGUACACAAAAAAGUGUUUGAACAACUCUACCUAAAACCUAUAACAAAUCGUAAGCGUGAAAAAAUAAAUAAAGAAACAUUUGAAUUUAAAAAAGAAAAGCAAAACAAUCUCAACAUGCCACAUAUAGCUGCCACAGGUGCAGCCUACUUCAGCGCCACUUCAACGAAGCUGGCACCCACUACACACAGGCGCUGGCUGACACUGCUCCUCGUGGGCUGCGUGGCCAGUUUGUGCGGCAAUGCGGUGCAAGCCAGCCCGCUUUCGCCAGUAGGUGAUUAUCCUAGCAUGGCGGACAAUCCGAAAAUGAGGAACCCACUGCAAAUGAGUAUGUCAAACCCGCGUGAACAAACGCGACGUGUGGCAUGCCGCCGCGCUUGUUGGCCCAUGUACACUCCCGAGAAAGGUGAUUGCCUCAAGGACAGAAGGUGUUAUCAGUGCUAUCUCAACUGUAUGACUCCGCCAGCACCGAUACAUGUAAGCACAACAACCACAACAAGCACGACAACCACCAUACCAACAACUACGGAAAAUGUGGCUCUCCGUCAAUUGCAAUAUAAACAACAAAAAUUACAACAACAAAUGCAGCAAGCAUCAAAAAUUAAUAAACCAAUCCAGGAAACUUGGACUUUGCGCACAGUUUCAAUGUUGCAACAAGACUCAUUGGUGCUCGUGGACAUCGCCUGGGAUGCACUGAAUACGCCAAAUCAAUGCCUCAUCAGCUGGGAGGUGUCCGGUGGUGGGCUGAUGGGCAAUCUCCUGACCGAGUCAUCGAUUGUGCAGUUAUCGCUGUGGCCGGACACAAAGUACCGCGUUAAGGUCACCUGCAAAAAUAAGCUCACCGGCUUCAUGUCACGCUCGCUGCCACUAAGCAUUGACACAUCCGAGGCAGUGAUGGCACACGAACACAGUGGCCAACAUAAAACACAAACACCUAAUGCCGAUGCCACAUCAAUUUCCACAACAACAAUCGAUAGUAGAACACUCCCAGCCGCCAAAAUCGAACCACAACAACCACAGCAAAUCAACAACAAUGCAAUCGACCACAACAGCAAUGGCAACACGGAAUAUGUAGACGCCGAUAUCUCCUCGAAUUCUAACGGUUUGACCGCCGAUACCGAUAACGCCGCCGUGCUGCCAUACGACGAGCGCGAUGACGACCACGAUCAGUCAGUCGAGGCGUUGAAUAGACACACACAGUUUGUCUUCAACUGGCACUCCCACAAUAGCGACAUUAGCCUGAUUGAACCGAUACACAAGCCUGAUCUGAGCAUGCUCACAAUGGCCGUUGCCGACAUGCAGAAACCCUUCUUCUUCGGCUUGCUCUCGGGCACCAUUAUACUGGUGUGCCUGGUGCUCGCGUAUCGCUGCUUGCUGCGCCGUCAGCGCUUAGCGUAUGAGAAGUCCAUGCUAAUCACCGAUGACGCCGCGCACGCGGUCGUCUCCGUGGCGCCCGCCGAAGUGGCCAUGCGCCUUGCCAACAACAAGGCGGCGGCACGAAAAACCAAGGAGGGCGGUCUGCAUGGCUGUGGCGUUGGCAGCGCGUUGGGCGCGACGUCGCUGGCCUACCAGCGCAGCGAUGAAGAGGAGGAGUACGAGCGCGGCGCGGAGGAGGUGUGUAGUAAUCCGGCGAUCUGCUCGAGAAACGCGCUCAAGGUGUAAGUGCGUGCAGGUGCGUGUGCGCGUCAGUUAGUCAGCCGGCCAGAGGUGUGGGCGUAAGCCCUGACGUAGUAGUGAGCUGUAUCGAUUGAGAUUAAAACAGGAAUUAAGUUACACACACACACUACAAAAAGGCAAAUUAAAGCGUUUAAGAAAGUAAGCUUAUUCCGUAGGCAUACAAAGGCAAAAACAAGCAUAUAAAAUACUUAUAUAAAUAUCGCUAGUUUUGUUAGGAGUAUUACCAUAGGACCACAACUACUCUAAUAUGUAUAAAUUAAGCGACUAGUUGCAGUGUGUUGCCGGUAAACUAAAGUGAUUUACAAAUACAAUAUGUAGUUGUUGUCGUUUCAUGCCGCAUUUGCGUCAACUACUUUCCGUUAGACAUAACCUAUAUUUAAGUCAGCAUAUUUAACCAGAAUAUGAACAAACAAAUAAGUAAAAUACAAAUGCAAAUGUGUAGUAUAAAUGCGAGUGCAGUCACACUCGUGCGCAUAAUAUUAGCAUUUAGACUAAAAAUCAAUAUUCAUUCUAAAUAAUCGUGUGUUGCAAAUUACGCAUUUAUGUGAUGCCAAGUUAAAGCUGUGCCACGGUCGGGCCACUCACACUACAUACAUAUAACAGCAAAUAUAUAUAUAAGCCUUUAUAUAUAUAUAUAGGUAUAGACUAAAUAGAGUUUAGUGUAAUAUGCGAAAUUCCAUAAUUCAUUAUUUACAGUCGGUUGAUUGCUUUCAUUUGCGUUUGCAUUUGCUGCAAUUAAACAGUUAUGCGAGCGCUGCGCUUGGUUCGUGUGCUUGUAUGCCUGUGCAUCUGUGUGUAUAAAAGUGUACAUGUGUGUGUGCGUGUGUGAUAAUUUGAGUGCGCUUGUGCAAGUUUAAUUACUAGAAAUUUCAACUGAUAGCUGGGCGUAUGUGAAUAUGGUAUAAGUAUGUGUAUAUAUAUGCAUGCAAUAUGCACAGUUAUACAGAGUAAGUUUUGUGAGCUUUCAAGUUGAAGCUUAAAUUGUAUAAAGCAAAUCAUAUAAAUGCCGUUAUAUUAUGUUAAUUGCUACUAAUUGUGUAUGCCAGCAGUUGGCGUUUAAAUCAUUGAACUUAUUUCUAUCCAAUCGGAUGGGGAGGAAUAGAGUUUUCGUAGAAUUUGAAGAUCAUGGUGGGAAAUUUCGAGUCUGAUACACUUUUCUAUAUAUAUACACUUUGUAAACAGAAAUAUCAGUAGCGUAAAAUAUGAUCAGUGAAUUGAUUAUUCUGAAAAGUCGCAGAGAUCUAGGCUUUCAAAGCUGCGAUAGCGCUCCAAGCACCAUUUUGAAGCUCUAUAUUGUGAACUUCUUUAUCUGAAGUCUGUGAAAGGGAUCUCUUUAUUUUUUACCCACUUAGAUGGUCGUUCCUAAGACAUUCAAAAAUGGCUGAACUUUCGACAGUACCACACCAUUAGUUGAUUAUCUCUGCCUCAUAAUAUACCACGAAUUUGCCAUGCAAACUCAACAAGUUUCUCCUUUCCUUCCUACUUCUCUGGAAAUAGAAAAAUCUUUGUUUGUUUUGAGAACAGAAAAGUCUCAAAAAAUGUUGUCUCUCUGAAAUAUCUUAAACGCCAGAGGAAUUUACACAUAUUUUUAUAUAUUCCCAGAUCUUCGGUGCUAUAUAUAGCAAAUAGUUCAGCUCUCAAUUGAGUGAAAAUUAAUGGGUUACCACUAACCCAUAAACUGAACUGUGUGAACUGAAGUUGGUGUAAAGUUUGAAUCAGCGGUGAGUUUUGGUCUUCGCUAAAUUUUUUUUUCAUUUCUCCGAUAUUCAUAUCGUCCAUUAAUAGAAAAAAAUUAAAUUUAUAAAAAUACUAUAUGAGAAUAAAAUUAAAUUAAAAAAAAUUAUAAAAUUUAUCUAACUUUAAGUUUUUAAAAUUUAUUUUUUAAUCCCUUUAAACGUCAACUGCUCAUUCACCAAUAUUAGUUCAUACGCAAAAAAUUCAUCAAAUAAAGCAAGACAUAAAUAUAACUUUAAAUAAAAAAAAAAAAUAAAAGAUAUAAUUACAGUGUAUUUUAUCAUAAAGUAAACUAAUAAUGUAGUGGUAAACUUAAUUGCUCAAUUUGCAAUUAGAUAUGUAUGUGCUUUGCUUUUACUUAAAGUUUGACUUCGGCUUGAUGCUUCUUUAGAGAAUAUGCCACGUAAUUCAAAAUUUUGUAUAAAAAAAGUUCAAUUGAGUAAAUGUUGAAACCCCUCUUACUUGCCCCCAUGAAAAACCACACAUUGACACCUCCUUCCAAGCACCUCCCAAAGCACACACACCCACCUUCAUUUAUCAGUGUUGUAACUAAACUACAAAAACACAACAAUUGAAAGCUUCCAAACUCCAGAAUAAAAGUAAAAAAGGAAGAAAAGCUCUGCAUUUGAAGAAAAAGAAAAAAAUAUUAUUUCAUUUUUUUUAUUCUAGAAAGACGCAUAAUCAAAACUAAGCAAAUUUUUUAGUAAAAAUAUUAAGGAAGAGAGGGCAGGAAAGGAAUUAACAGCAAACAUUUUUGAUAUGUGUGUAUUGGUGUGCAAAGUAUUAGCUAAUAAUAGCAACAAAGCAUAUUUACAGUUUGUUUGCUUUGCCAAGCGGGGCUUAUUUGGGGUGGGCAUGCGGUGGCGAAGUUUAAUUGGAGGUGCUGGCGAAACGACAUGGCGUAUGAGUAACCUAUUUGAAAGGUUGCUUAGAAAUUCGAGUUUCAUUUUCAAGUAUAUAUUUGCAACACUCGAAAUGCGCUCCAAGUUGCAAUCCACCGCUGCUCGCCCACGCAUACCACCACCAAUUUAUACAUACAAACAAACAACACAAACAAACACUUUGGCAUGAAACUCAAAACUUUAGGCAAAUAAAUUAUAAGGCUAAAAAUAAAAAAUGAAAAAAAAAUAU